AUGGAUGAAAGCGGCAUAUCUAUGGUGGUGAGAUUGCGUCUUUUACUGGAGCAGAAUCGAAAAGUUCAGGAAAGUAUUGCGCAGGCGAUCUCCAUAAACGACGAAAAGCUAGCGGCAACCGAAGCUCUCCGACUGCUUCUUGUGAGAGCCGAAUCAUCCUCCUCUGGAGGCAAAGCUAUGCGCCGUCAUAUAGUUAUCCAAACUGAGCAGAGUCAGGAUGGGGGAGAGGAACCUUUACAUAUUUCCCAUUCCUUUUCAGUAUUAAGAGCGCCGCGGGAGUGCAUUCUUCCCGAUCCAUUCAAAAUCGUUGGCUUGUAUGUUACCCCACAUUCUAAACACGUGCGCCUCAUGCCCCCCCUGCAAACGUUCGAGGACGUGGAUCGCAAUGAACUGGAGAAAAUCUUCCCCCCUUUCCCAAAGGUUUCCACUCAUUCACAGGAAUUUAGUAUGCCGAAAUCGUUGCCUUGCCAUCAGAGCGGCUUUGAGGUAUCUUUCCCUAACACCACCAAAGGGCGUGUACAAAUUCGAUUUCAUUCGAAUGAUGUAGAACUGCAAAGCACAGCAGAAGUCCUGGAGCAGUUCAAAAGGAGCUUUGAGGGGGAGGCGGGGAGGCGCAUAAUUCAGCAAAACUGGCCGGAUCCUUAUACCUGUCUGGCCCAUCUUCUAGUUAGUUAUCUAAACGAGGAGUUCUGUAAGUACGACCGUGAAGACCGUCUCAAAUCAUUGAUUCCGAACUAUUUGCUUACACGGUGGACCUACCUACAGCGCUUAGUCGAAAAGGCAACUUACCCCUUUUUGUUUGCGUGCGAGAAUAUCGACUUUCUGAGGAGCUCCCGAGUGCGCGCCUACAGGAAGUUACGAGGAGGUGGGUAUCGAUGCUUGGAACGGCCCUUGUUGCUCUUGGCCGCACUCAUUGCCCAUCGUGCGGGUCUUUUUAGAUCUAGUACAUUUCUUGACUUAAGUAUGAGUAUCUCUCUUUUCAUAGGCUCCCGUGAACUUAUUGAUUUUCGAGCCUUGCUAAAUCUUAAGGCUUCUGAAUGGUUUACGGAGCACAACAAUCCCCACCAGAUCAAAGGUGUGUAA